AUGAUCAGUCUUGGCGAUGACAUUUCACCGUACGAGAGAUCGAUUGAAGGUGAGGUUUCUAGCCAACAGGAGCGAAGCUUGAACGAAGUCGCAUCCGUCAGCAGCGGCGAUGCGGUGAAAAGAACGUUGACUACGGACCUUUUUGAGCAUGAUGCUCAAUUUCCAGACUCUAACAAACCUUUGAUGUCCGAUUGUGAAAUGGCGGCGAAAAAGCGGAGACUUGAGGAACGAGAGGACUCGAAAAUGCCAAAUUCUGAGUUUCUGACGUUUAAAGACGCGCUACUCCAACAACUCAAUCACACCUUACCUGCUGGUCAGGCCAGGCUUCCCAAGUUUGUUAGGGAUACGUCUCACGAGGUGCAAAGGAUCCUUAAUCAGUCCGUUGUCCAGAAGGAGAGCCAUUCUGCGAUCCUUGUUGGACCAAGAGGGAGUUUAAAGACUGCUGUGAUCAACCAUCAUAUCGCGUUACUGAGCCAAAAAUUCGAUAAACAAUUUGUCGUCAUUCGUCUGAAUGGAUUCGUUCAUUCGGAACUUGCAGCCAUCAAUAGCAUUGCGCUGCAGCUGGAGAGCCAGCUACAAGGUUUACACGGGAAGGAGGAGACAGAGCUUCAAAUCAGCAGCGGGUCUCUCGCCGAAGUUUUUGAGAAAAUCUUGCGGCUUGUCGAUAGCUCUUGGAGGGAGAAGACUACGGCGUUAUCAAGGAAUGAUAAAAUCUCCAUCAUAUUUAUUUUCGACGAAAUAGAUGCCUUUGCAGGUCCCAUGAGGCAGACGCUUUUGUACAACCUGUUCGACAUGGUAGAGCAAGCCCAGGUUCCAGUUUGUAUCCUGGGUUGCACAACGAAGCUCACUGUGGUCGAGAACCUUGAGAAAAGGGUGAAAAGUAGGUUCUCUCAGAGAAUCAUUUUCGUUCCGCAAAUUACAACUUUACCUGAGUUCAUCGACAAUUUUAGAGAUGAGAUACUUUUGCAAGAAAAACAUAGUGCUACGGCUGCGACUUGGAAUCAGGCCGUUCAGGCUCUACUCAGUACAGAAACGUCAAGGUUGUGCUCGAUGCUGCGAAGCAAUUUUGAGACAUUUCGUUCUCUACCGCUACUGACUACUGCAGUAUUCUUUGCAUUUUCUAGGGAGAAAAGCCUUGAGGGCCUGAUUAAGGCCAUAACAUCUUGCACAACGAUCGAAGCGUAUUUUGAAAAUCAAUAUGCUAACUCUCUUGUGGCAAAAGUUGAGUCGCUGUCCGACCUUGAAGUGGCGUUGCUCACAGCGGCCGCAAGAGCUGCUCUCAAACACGAAGACUCGGUGAAUUUUAAUUUAUCUUAUGCUGAAUACGCCAGUAUGAUAAAGGAGACGAACAAAAAAAUUCCAUCAGUAACCCAGGCUGACGGAGAUGGCUUCAAGCUGGAUAACACGCUGCGAGUGUGGAGCAAGCGUGACGUUAAAAAUGUUUGGGAAAACCUGAUUGACAUGGGCUUGCUAACCGAAAAGGGAGCAGUGGGCCUUCGAGCCUCCGCCCAGGCUGCAUUUCAAGCAAGCAAUUACCAGAAUACUGGGACUAGCAUCCCGUUUGAUUUGAGGAUUUUCCAGCUGCAGAUAACCUUGUUUGAGAUUCGGAAAACUUUACCGCAGUCUUCCAUGUUCUACAAUUGGACUCAACUUUGA